AGCGGCUGUGCAGCGGCGGCGCUCUCUCUUAGUCAGUCAGUGUGAGAAGCACAGACAGCAAUACAAGCAGCUCCCGGCUCCGUCCUCCGUCUCCAUACCGACUUGUCACGUCAUGGCUUCCUCAGGAGUGCAGACUUCCACGGCAACCCCUGUGGUGCAGAGAGGCAUCGUAAAGCUGGUACUUUCCGGAUGUGCCAUAAUUGUGAGAGGACAGCCACGUGGAGGUCCACCGCCAGAACGUCAAAUCAACCUUAGUAAUAUCCGUGCUGGUGCACUGGCACGCAGAGCUGCUGCUUCUCAGCAAGAUGCAAAAGAUGUGCCAGAUGAGCCUUGGGCAUUUCCAGCUCGAGAGUUCCUAAGGAAGAAGUUGAUUGGAAAAGAGAUCUGCUUUGUUGUAGAAUACAAGACACCACAAGGAAGAGAGUACGGAGUGGUAUAUUUGGGCAAAGAUACAUCGGGGGAGAAUAUCGCAGAGUCCCUUGUUUCAGAAGGAUUGGCAUCCCGUCGUGAAGGAGUACGAGCCACAACUCCAGAGCAUAACAGGCUGGCAGAACUGGAAGAGCAAGCAAGAGCUGCAAAGAAAGGCGUAUGGAGUGAAGGAACUGGCUCCCACACAGUUAGGGACUUGAAAUACACAAUUGAAAACACCAGACAUUUUGUGGACUCAAUGCAUCAGAAACCAGUUAAUGCUAUUGUUGAGCAUGUUCGUGAUGGUAGUGUGGUGAGAGCGCUGCUUCUUCCUGAUAAUUACCUGGUGACUGUCAUGUUGUCUGGAGUUAAGUGUCCAACUUUUAAGCGGGAAACUGAUGGUACAGAGAGUCCUGAACCUUUUGCUGCUGAAGCUAAAUUCUUUACAGAAUCACGUUUGCUGCAGAGAGAUGUGCAGAUUAUCUUGGAGAGUAGCCACAAUCAGAAUAUUCUUGGCACCAUUCUGCAUCCUAAUGGUAAUAUCACAGAACUGCUUUUAAAGGAAGGUUUUGCCCGCUGUGUGGACUGGUCUAUAGCAGUGUAUACGCAGGGAUCUGAGAAGCUUCGGGCUGCAGAACGUUAUGCCAAAGAACGCAAGGCACGAAUUUGGAGGGAUUAUGUUGCACCCACGGCCAACCUGGAUCAAAAAGACAGGCAAUUUGUUGCUAAGGUUGUACAGGUGUUGAAUGCUGAUGCAAUGGUGGUGAAGCUGAACUCUGGUGAUUACAAGACCAUUCAUCUUGCUAGUAUUAGACCUCCAAGGCUGGAAGGUGAAGGAUCUCAGGACAAGAACAAGAAGCUCCGCCCUCUGUACGACAUUCCCUAUAUGUUUGAGGCCAGGGAAUUUCUGCGCAAGAAGCUCGUUGGCAAGAAGGUAAAUGUGAAUGUGGACUACAUCCGUUCUGCUAGUGCAGCCACAGACACCGUUCCAGCAUUUCCUGAGCGUACCUGUGCCACAAUCACUAUUGGUGGCAUAAACAUUGCGGAAGCUCUUAUAAGCAAAGGUCUGGCUACUGUGAUCCGUUACCGACAGGAUGAUGACCAGAGAUCUUCGCACUAUGAUGAGUUGCUAGCAGCAGAAGCCAGGGCAAUAAAGAAUGCUAAAGGCCUUCACAGCAAGAAAGAAAUUCCAAUCCACAGAGUGGCAGACAUCUCUGGGGACACUCAAAAAGCAAAACAAUUUCUUCCCUUCCUGCAAAGAGCUGGGCGUUCAGAAGCCAUUGUAGAGUAUGUGUUCAGUGGAUCUAGAGUCAAGCUUUACAUGCCUAAGGAGACCUGCCUUAUAACCUUUCUUCUGGCCGGCAUUGAAUGUCCAAGAGGUGCCAGGAAUGCCCCUGGUGGAGUACAGGAAGGUGAACCGUUCAGUGAGGAAGCUACAAUGUACACCAAGGAACUAGUAUUGCAGCGAGAGGUGGAAGUGGAAGUGGAAGCAAUGGACAAGGCUGGAAACUUCAUUGGGUGGCUUCAUGUGGAUGGUGUCAAUCUUUCAGUAUCUCUGGUGGAACAUGCACUGUCAAAGGUCCACUUCACUGCAGAGCGCAGCAAUUACUUUAAAACUCUCUCGUCUGCUGAAGAGGCUGCCAAACAAUUGAAAGAAAAAAUCUGGUCGAAGAUUGAUGAACAACCAGUAGAAGAAGUAGUGGCUGUGGUGGAGGAAAAGGAAAGAAAUGCCAAUUACAAGCCUGUCUUAGUAACAGAGAUUACAGAUGUGCUACACUUCUAUGUACAGGAUGUAGAAACGGGUACACAGCUUGAGAAACUCAUGGAAAGUAUGAGGAGUGAAAUUGCCAGCAGUCCCCCUUUGGAAGGGUCGUUCGCACCACGCCGUGGAGAUUACUGCAUUGCCAAAUAUGUGGAUGGAGAAUGGUACAGAGCACGGGUGGAAAAGGCGGAGUCUCCUUCUAAAAUUCAUGUAUUUUACAUUGAUUAUGGAAACAGAGAAGUUCUAUCUUCCACUCGCUUGGGUCCUCUCCCUGCAUCCUUCAACGUUCGUACGCUUCCUGCUCAGGCUAUAGAGUACUGCUUUGCCUUCAUCCAAGUGCCGCAAGAUGAAGAUGCCCGUGCAGAUGUGAUAGAUAAUGUGGUCCGUGACAUUCAGAACACUCAAUGUCUUUUGAAUGUGGAAUAUGCUGGAGCCAAUUGUCCACAUGUAACCCUGCAGUUUGCUGAUUCUAAGGAUGAUGUGGGCCUAGGGUUGGUGAAAGAAGGCCUGGUCAUGGUGGAGAUUCGCAAAGAAAAACAGUUUAAGAAAAUGGUUGCAGAGUAUUUUAACGCUCAGGAAUCUGCAAAAGCUGCCAGGCUGAACCUCUGGCGCUAUGGUGAUUUCCGAGCUGAUGAUGCAGAUGAAUUUGGAUACAACCGCUAGAAAAAUGCCAUUCCAUUCCAAAGAUGACCGAAGCCCACCCUGUUCUCUGCUGCCAUCCAGAUUUCUGCUGCCUGCUUUCCAUCUUGCACAUCAUCCCCAUAUCAAAUCAUGCCUAUAAUCUAAGAGGAGAAUUUCCAGCCAACACCACCAUAUAAACUGGAGGGAGCUUACAGGGUUAAACCUGGACAAACAUUUGUAUCAUGCAGAAUUCCUGAAAAAUCAGUUUAUACAUCAACUGCUAAUUUUUACCUCCUUUUUUUUUUCUUUUAAAAAAAAAAAAAAAAAAAAGCAAAAUACAUAUAUACACGGGCUGAUAUUUAGUUUUCUACUUUCCAGUAAUUCAGUCCUGAGUCCUGAAAUCAGAUCCGAACGGUUAAUUGUCAAAGUUUUAUCUGUCCUUUUCCAAUAGUAUUUUCCCCUCCUUUAUCCAACGUCCAGGGUCAUAUGUUUUGUCUUGUGUAUUUAAUGGCUCAAUAAAGUACAUCGUAUUAAAUUCUU